AUGUCUGAAGGCGAUGUUACGCCUCCAAAGGCCCCUGUGGUCGCAGAGGCCCAUGAAGUCGACACGUUCCACGUCCCCUCAGCUUUUCACAAAAAACACCCGACCAGGCCUCACCUGAGUUUUGGAGAAUACAAGAAGCUCUACCAGGAGUCCAUUCGGCACCCAGACAUCUUCUGGGCUCGCAUGGCUCGUGAGCUCCUCACAUUCGAACAAGACUUCCACACCACCCAUGUCGGUUCUUUCGAGCAGGGAGACAACGCUUGGUUCUUGGGAGGCAAGUUGAACGCUUCUUUCAACUGUGUCGACCGCCAUGCAAUCAAGAAUCCAGACAAAGUCGCCAUCAUCUACGAGGCAGAUGAGCCCACCGAGGGUCGCACCAUCACAUACUCCGAAUUGCUCCGUGAGGUCUCGAAAGUGGCGUGGGUGCUCAAGUCGCAAGGUGUUCGCAAAGGUGAUACCGUUGCUAUCUACCUUCCUAUGAUUCCAGAGGCACUUGUUGCGUUCUUGGCUUGCGCCCGUAUUGGUGCCGUGCACUCUGUGGUGUUCGCGGGCUUUUCUUCCGAUUCCUUGCGUGACCGUGUUCUCGAUGCCAACUCCAAGUUUGUCAUUACUGCCGACGAGGGUAAGCGUGGUGGAAAGAUUAUUGGUACAAAGAAGAUCGUGGACGAGGCCUUGAAGCAGUGCCCCGACGUCAAGAACGUUCUUGUCUUCAAACGCACCGGUGCCGAUGUUCCAUGGACCAAAGGUCGCGACUUGUGGUGGCACGACGAGGUCGAGAAAUACCCCAACUACAUUGCUCCCGAAGCUGUUGACUCUGAGGACCCUCUCUUCCUCCUGUACACGUCCGGUUCUACGGGUAAGCCCAAGGGUGUCAUGCACACAACUGCCGGUUACUUGCUCGGUGCUGCCAUGACUGGAAAGUACGUAUUUGACAUUCACGACGACGAUCGCUUUUUCUGCGGCGGUGACGUCGGUUGGAUUACUGGACAUACCUACGUCGUCUAUGCUCCUUUGCUGCUUGGUGUGGCAACUGUCGUCUUCGAGAGCACUCCUGCCUAUCCCAACUUCUCUCGUUACUGGGAUGUCAUUGAGAAGCACAGUGUCACUCAGUUCUAUGUUGCCCCCACUGCACUUCGCCUUCUGAAGCGCGCUGGUGAUGAGCACAUCCACCACAAAAUGCAGCACCUUCGUGUCCUUGGAUCAGUCGGUGAGCCCAUUGCUGCAGAGGUCUGGAAGUGGUACUUUGAGAGCGUUGGUAAGGAGGAAGCUCACAUUGUCGAUACUUACUGGCAAACCGAAACCGGGUCAAACAUCAUCACUCCCUUGGGUGGCGUUACUCCUACCAAGCCUGGUAGUGCGUCUCUUCCAUUCUUUGGCAUCGAGCCCGCUAUUAUUGAUCCUGUCUCUGGCGCUGAGAUUACUGGGAACGACGUUGAGGGUGUUUUGGCUAUCAAACAACCAUGGCCCAGUAUGGCUCGCACCGUCUGGGGUGCUCAUAAGCGAUACAUGGAUACAUACCUGAAUGUGUACAAGGGCUACUACUUCACUGGUGAUGGUGCUGGCCGUGAUCACGAAGGAUACUACUGGAUUCGUGGACGUGUUGACGAUGUCGUCAAUGUUUCCGGACACAGACUUUCAACUGCUGAGAUCGAAGCUGCCCUUCUCGAGCAUCCCAUGGUCGCCGAAGCCGCCGUCGUUGGUAUUGCAGAUGAGCUCACUGGACAAGCCGUGAAUGCCUUUGUCUCUCUCAAGAGCGGCAAUGAAUCUACCGAACAAGUCCGCAAAGACCUCAUCAUGCAAGUGCGCAAGUCAAUUGGACCUUUCGCUGCUCCCAAGACAAUUAUCCCCGUCGAUGAUCUUCCCAAGACCCGCAGUGGCAAGAUCAUGCGCCGUAUCUUGCGUAAGAUUCUCAGUGGUGAGGAGGACAGCUUGGGUGAUACAUCUACGCUCUCGGACCCCAGCGUCGUGGACAAGAUCACGGAAGCAGUCAAAGCUUUACGCAAGUAAAGAAACUCAUAAUGGAACGAGACGGGAGACGAAUGAGCAAAAAGAUGACUGAUGAACGAUUAAGCCUUUCCGUGAAAUAACCUUGGGACAUAUAUGAACUGAACGGGAGCAAUGGGAGUCUCCAAAGGACCGUGGACUCAUAUCUUUAGAAGACCCGACUCAGUUCUUAUGUGUACGUUGAGGAGAGGAAGCUGGCUCUGGACUUUUGUAUCACCCUAUUUCCUUUUAUUAAGCUUGCUUUUGCGAAUCCUAUCUUUUGAUUGCGCGACAACCUACCAGAAGCGGGUUUCUUUUCUCUUCUAUUCUUACUUUGUGACGCUGAGAUGCGAAUAUGAUACCUUUCAUUCUUAC